GGAUUAUAUCUACUGCAACCUCAGCACAUGUCGUGUCAGGAAAAAGACACAAGACGAUAACUAUUGAUUACGGUCUUGGACUGCUUUUUUCUUUUUUGCACAUUUUAGUCACCAAAAACUGUGCAUCUGAGCUUGCCCAACGAUGAGGCCUCUGAUCGCUGCCCUGUGGGCGGCGGCCGCGUUGAUGGGACUCCAGCCGGGCGCCUUAUCCCUUCUGAUCGUCAUAGACCGCUCAUCCACAAACCUCUCCUCUGUCCCGAGGGACCUGCCACCAACGACCCAGCUUUUGGACCUUUCGCGCAACCACAUACAGCAACUGCGCCAAGGAGACUUCAAAAACACCUCCCUCCUGAGGCUCCUCAACGUCUCGUGGAAUGGUCUGGCCGCCAUCGACCCAGCGACGUUCCUCGACACGCCUCUUCUGGAGGAUCUGGACCUGUCGCACAACAGACUGAGGAACCUGUCGGGUCAGCUAUACCUGCUCCACACGGAUAACCUUCGGGUGUUGAAUUUAGCCUUCAACGACUUUGUCACCAUGACGCUCGGCAGUGAAUUCAGUUCCCUGCUGAAACUGGAGAGCUUAGCUAUUGGAGCACAAAACAUCAGCAAUGGUGAUUUUAUGAAUAUUGCUGAAACUAAACUGCGCACGCUCACCCUUUCCCUGGAGAACGAGCAGGGUUAUACAGUAGGUAGUCUGCACGAUGUUCAGGCUCAAAGGCUUCAGAUUGCCUUCACUGGCUAUCAGAGAACUAACAAUGACCUGGUUUCCGAUGCACUGUCACAGUUUGUUGCAGUGGAGUUGAUGGAUCUGACUGUCGGUUACAAAGACCUGAGUACGGUGUUGAGUGAGAGAGUGGAAAUCCUCACAUCUGAUCUUUAUAUCACCAACAUUUCGAUCGGCUGGGAUGACUUGACUCAAUUACUGGAUGUGGUUCUGCGCACAUCAGUCCGCCAUCUGGUGGCCACCGAUGUGGUCUUGUACAGGUUGCCUAAGAACGACACUGAAGUGGCCAAGACAUCUAAAAUGAAGUCCUUCACAGCCAGAAGGGCGACAGUAACGUCUUUCAUAUUUUCACAGGAAGCGGUUUAUAACUUUUUCAUAAACAUGCCGGUAGAGUGUUUAGCAUUCCUGGAGACUUCAAUCAUCCACAUGACAUGUCCAAAGUCGCAUAGUCCUAUUGUCCAGCUGGACUUCUCCGAUUGCGCCUUAUCGGACUCCAUCUUCUCCAGGGUGGAAGUUCAAGACGUUCUUGAAUGUGAGAAUCUGGAUAAUGUGAGAAAAUUGAUUCUGGUAGGCAACAAUUUAAGGAGCCUUCAGACCCUCAGCAAACGGGUGCAAUUCAUGAAGUCCUUGCAACACCUGGACCUCAGCCUCAACUCUCUGGUUUACGAUGGUCUCGGAAAAUGCGUCUGGCCACAAAGCAUCAUCAAUAUGAGUCUGUCUUCUAAUGACCUGACAGCUUCUGUUUUUAAAUGUCUACCAAGAGGAACAAAGACACUCAACCUCCAGAACAACCAAGUUUCUGCAAUACCGUCGUCCAUCUUGACACUUGAAAAUCUUUCCUCUCUGAAUCUAAAUAACAACAGGCUGCGGGACCUCCCAGUAUGUCACGGUUUCCCCAUUCUGAUCCAGCUUCUGCUCCAAUCCAAUUCCCUCCAUGCACCAUCUGUGAAAAAGCUGGAAAGCUGCCGCCAUCUGAAAACCCUGGAUGUCCGUUACAACCCCUUCACCUGCACCUGCGGUCUGAGGAGUUUCAUAAGUCUCGCCAUCAAGUCGGAAGAGAAGAAAGGUCAAAGGGGCGUUGAAUUGCUGAGCUGGCCUUUGGGCUAUUACUGCACCUACCCGGAAGCCGUUAGGGACCUUCCCUUAAAAAACAUUUCCAUACCAGAGGUCUACUGUAACAUCGGCCUCUUAGCUGCCGCUAUCCUGUGCCCUGCCGUGGCAGUGAUUAUCGCGGUUGUGACCAUGUGCCAUUGUUUGGAUGUCCCCUGGUACAUGGGCAUGAUCUGGCAGUGGACCAGGGCCAAACAUCGCGCCAGAAUGUCUCAAGUUCGACCCGAAGAUCUGGUGGGUGUCGAGUUUCACGCUUUUGUGUCGUACAGCCAGCGCGACGCAGAGUGGGUGGAGAAUUCCCUCCUCCCGAACCUGGAAGGCGCCGCCGGAGGGCUCCGAAUCUGCCACCACGAGAAAAACUUUGUGGCGGGAAAGACAAUCGUCGAGAACAUCAUCGCCUGUGUGGAGAAGAGCCGACGCUCCGUGUUUGUGCUCUCCGCUCACUUCGUCAAAAGCGAGUGGUGCCAUUACGAGCUGUACUUCGCCAGCCACCAGCGCCUGGCUUGGGGCACGGACAGCGUCGUGCUGGUACUGCUGGAGCCUCUGCCUCAAUACCUGAUCCCAUCCAAGUACUACCAGCUGAAGUCCAUGAUGGGCCGGCACACCUACUUGGAGUGGCCGCAGGACCGGGCCAAGCACAGGCUGUUCUGGGCUAAUCUCAGGGCCGCGCUACAAGCAGAACUGCCCAAUGCACAAGUGACAGAACUGGAGGAGUGAGAGGAAGUGUGAAAAGGAUGUGUGAAUUGGUUCACUGGUGCAUUAGGAAAGAAAACUGUUGGUGCUUUGGAGUGAACAAGAAGUGGGACUGUUGUCCAGUAGGGAAUUUUCAAUCUUGCACGGCUGAAGAUGAAGUGACUUCCUUUAAGCUUGUGAGACAUAAAUCAUUUUCCAUUUUUUUAAACCAUGUUGAGGACAUUUAAUGGAAACAUUUAUAUGAACUAACAUCAAGUUUGUAACAAAAACAAUAAACUUUACUCAGGAAUAUCAAAAA